AUGCUCCUUACAAAUACUUCUCUGUCAUGGGUUACAGUUGGUUCCAUUUACUGCGGUGAAAAAAAUGUACGUUCAGCCACUUAUUAAAAAAGCUUUUGUUUCAAAAAUAAAAAAGAACAUGCUUGUGGCAUUAUGCUUUUUGGUGAAAAAAACGAAACCCUCUUAAGUGUACAUCACUUGUUUUACGAAGUUAACUUUCUGUGCUCUGGGAGAUGCGUUAUGGAAGUGGAUCUUUCAUGGCACCUUGGGUAUAUUUUGACAAAUAUUUCUGGUCUUUGACACUAAACAUAUGCCGAAAAAGAAAGUUGUAUAGAGAAAAUAUAACCAAAUUUUUAUGAGCAGCCCGACAAAAGUUUUCUCUGAUUGUCGGAAGUUAGCGGCAUCUUAAGGCAUACUUUUGUCCAACGCCAAGACAAAUCGGGGUGAAAUUAAUUCUAACCUAAAUUUUCAGAAACAUAGAUAAGUUACUUUCUGUCCCUUUGAUGUGUAAUUAUCCUUGUUCAACGUCUUACAACCGCAUAAAAUGUCCUGUUCUGCCACCUUAUAUAUUAGGUGAGCACGGUUUUCUUCAAGGUCUCUUUCGAAAACGGACCACCUACAAAUCAUUUGGAUAAGUACUUAUCUCUGGACCAGCAAAGUAGGUUUCAAACUUUUAUAUUGUUUUAAGUAGGGAUUAUGAAUUAAUAAGGUGUUCUUGUGAGAUUUUGCAACCAAACAAAGCAAGGCGGCAUAGGAAAUUGGACGAAUAAACCGUUUCGAAAACAUACCUAUGUCAUCUGCAGCCCAGUUAAAUUUUCUCCCGACUACUAGGCUGGAUUUUAUUAAACUUUAUCGUCCAUUUUUAACCUUUUCAAUGCCACACAGGAUACGGUUUAUGCGACUAGGAUUGAUUCCCUUUUGAACCAUGUAGUAAAUCCAUUCGUUAGCAGAAGUCUCUGAAAUGAAUGGGUUUUCGGAAGGUGUACAACAUUCUAUAUUACGUUGCAAUGCGACGGUUUGCGAAAUGCAUAACACCAUGAUUCCAGUUUAUCCUUGUGUGCAGUACAACCUGUCGACACUCUAAGGAGUUAAAUUUAAUUUUAAGACUAAUUUUAUCCUUUUACUACUAUUUCAAUGUAUUUAUUGAGCGCGAUAAAGUCUCAUAUAUUUCACGUUUCAGAAAUAGGCAUUCAGUAACAACGGCUAAAAAUACACAUUUUUUGGCGCUCUCAGAGCCACAUCUGUUAGUAAGCAUAAAUCAGAAUUGGACACGUCAUCAUACACUGAUCGGCUUUGUUUAAACCACUGUGAAGCUGCGUGGAUAGGUUCCACUUUAUCAACAUGAGCUUUAUUUGCAUUUGGUCUUAGAAAAAGUCAAAGAUGUCUUCUCGUUGUCAGUAAAAGAGACUUAUUCACUAAAUCCUCAUUUAAUUAAGCUGACUCAGUCUAGUAAGUGUUCUAACGUCCACCAAAGCGAAAUUAUCAACUAGUGACGACGAAAGGCGCGAUUAUUAAAUUUCAAUAUCGACUUCUAUAUGAUUAUCUUAGUCUGCCACCAAACCGGCCUCCUGGCAACUGACGGUCCGACCAUCGUGCGCUACACAGCAGAGUGACGUGUGUGUAAAUUAGUUUAUAGUGGUAAUAGGCUUGCAGCAUCUACCGCAUUCUAUUAUCCCCUCGCCUGAGGCCGGUGUCAAGACAUGGUCACGAAGACCGAAAAGAGGAGAGGGCGCAGGUAGCUGGCAUGACAGGAGCCACCAAUAGGUACACCGUCACACCCAUCGGUCCACAGCAAACACUUGUCGAGGAUUUUAGCCGACAAAAAUGGAUUGGGAGGGAGAGAAGAUGGCACGAGUCACUGGACAACCAUGCACACAGCCCGUACACCCAACGGGAGCGCAAGUGCAUCGACCGGAGUGGGAUCAGGCGCCAGACAACCGCCAGCUCACAUCGGGCUGCGAAGGCCAUGGUUUGCUGAGGAAGGACAUAGCAGACGCACACGGUCUGUAAGACCCACAAGCGACCCCGGCGCGUGAUGCUGCAAAGUUAAUCGUGGAGGAUAAGGCAUAAUUAAUUAUUGAACUUAGGCAGGUUAGACUAUUGAGGGCGAUAAAAAUCGUCGACACUACUUUAUUGUCCUGAAUGGUGAAUCGGCUGCGGUCAAUGAACCAAACUACAGACGACCACCAUCAGUCUCUCCUUCGGCAAACGCGUCGAGGAAAUUUUCCCAUAGAUUUCAGACCAAGUUAGCGGGAAAAUAAAGCUAGAUUUUUUCGUAUGCGUGCUUUAUGCUGCCAGAUCGUAAAUUCUGCUAACUGAAGACGUUUGAAUGAAAAGGGCUUUAAAAUGUCUAGUCAGUUCACUCGAGAUUUGUCCCGGAUUCUACUGACGGGGUUCGACGGCAUCAGGUUAUCUUGCAUGGCUUGAAACUCUUCUCUUGUUUGGUUAUCCCAAUUAAGCUAAACGAAAUCAACAAACAUUUUUCUAAUAAACGGAUCUUAGGCAUAACAUUUACCAGUAGAAUUUUAAAACGUGCCCCACAUUAUGUAUCCUAGAGUUCAUUUUUGUGGAUAUCGUCCUUGUGUUAAGAAUCCUAGUGUUCAAACGCAUGUCUAUCAGCAAUGAUUCUUUCACAGCCUUAGUGAGACUGAAGGCCAUAGAAGCGUGCUAUGGGCGCCUCGCUCAAGUCCCUUAGCAUGUCUAAAAUUUAAUAUCCAAACUUCAGGCCAUGCAAGUAAGGCGAUCUACCAACUAAUCAACUUCAACACUAAAUGGUGUGUUUCAAGUUGACAGGUAGUGGCACAGAGAUCUCCGAACAUUCCUCCUAUUAAAUCAAUUAUUUAUGGCUGGACUUUUGCCAGAUCAAAUUCCGUCCCUCCCUGUAGCUCCAAGUGAUUGGGUGACUUUAAAGUGCAAACCAGAGCAAAAACUCAAACGGUUAGAGUGGUACUUUUGCCGAUUUAGGCAGCACAAAGUGCUUUUUGCAGGACUCGUGCGCCAACGCAAAUUAAAUUGCCAGGCAGCAUUUGCUGGGACGUGAGUGACCUAAAAGUCCCCAUAUUAAAACUCUAAUGAUACCAUGCCUACCCAACCCUCCAUAAAGUUCAAAUUUGAUUAGAGAGUCAACCUAAUGUUCUCAAUUAAGAUGUCAAAAAUCGGAGCGGAUACUUCUAUGCUGGUGAAACCUUUAUGGGCGUAGCUUUAAUUUUCAGCGAACCGAAAUUAUCAGCAUGACAUCUCUUAUUUCAUUCGCUGUACAGAUUCCUCCAGCUACUGGUAAUAGUCGGGACGGUAGUGAGACAUUACCUUACUUUAUAGAUUUGUGUUUUCAUAAGUACUUGUUCGAAAUUAAAGCAUCAAAAUUCAGUGCGCCUCCCCCUCAGUUACUGAAACCUCUGUCGCCAUGGCUACUUAUUGUGACGACUCGAAGUGAUCAGCAUAACAUCUCUUAUUCCAUUAAUUUUUUAAAAUAAUCCAGCUACUGGUAGUAGUUGCGAUGACAGGGAGAUUUUACGUAACCGCAUAGUUUCGCACUUUAAUCAUUAUUGGGUAACGGGUAAAAAUUUAAUUUACAGAUGUUAGUAGACAAAGCAGUCUUCUUUCAGAGUCAUAUUAGACCGUAACUCUAGUAAAAAGCCUCACCUGUCAGUACUGCAAACGAUAAAAUUUAGAAUUUCCCCAAAAUUGUUUUAAUUUUUCACUACUUGACCACUUUAGGGCUUCCUGAGAUGCUGACAGUCUUCGUCAUUAUCUACAUCGUCCUUAUUGGAUUCGUUGUCCUCACCCUGGGUAAAGUAAACUGUAUACUGCAUUGUAAACACCUGCAGCACCUAGUAAUAUUGUUCUUCAUUGCAUUCCCGUCUUACUUCGUUAAUUGAAGGAAGUCCAUGCAACCCGACCUAUGAAGCGGAAGUGAGUUGGAUAGAAAAAGUCGCAAGAGUUGAAUUAUCAGCCACAUUUUCGUAAAAUUUCAGAUUAACAUUCGAAACCCCUGCAGGCCAACUGCACAGAUAGAGGCAGGGACGACCAAAGAGAGUAGGUCGGGCACUAUGCGACUCUCAAGUUAAAUCAACCAAGUUCUAUAAUCAGUGGAUCCUUCUUACAGCUUUGCGUGCGUGAUUUGAAACAUCCUUCUUCGGUCGACAAAACUCCCCGAGAUGAUGAAGGACUAUUUUGAAGUAGAAACUGCAUGUGAGAGAUUGACGACGAAACUGAUAGAACUCCUAAAACGCUGUCUUUUCGAAGCCCAGGGGAAUCGCCCGGCACUAUUGAAGUAAAAACGGGUGGGACGACUGGGAUCGUUUGUCAACCGCAGAUAACGGCCAGAGUUCCACACAAACAAACGAAAAAUCUCUUUUUAUACUUGCCUCAACUGGUGAUGAGCGUCUAUGUACGUUUUCUUGCGAACCAAAAAAUGAGAUAAACCAACUCUAUCAACGUAGUGCACGUUCUUCUGGACUGAUGGCAGUGUCUUCCCACGAAAUCAUAGAUGGCUUUCUCACCCCGUUUGGUUCUGAACACUAGGCUUCCUGUGAGAAGGUAGUCUCACCCAGUCAUAUGAAACCUUCCCUAAAUUCGUCCCUUCCAGUUCAGCACGACCCCGUGUCUGUCGGCGUGUUGCACGUGCCACAUGGUCUCCCUAAAGAAGACCCUCUGAUAGGUUCACUUAUCAUCACCAAGAACACCAUGGGGGCGAUAGUUUCUAAAGAACAAUGCUUUGUCCAGUCUGAUGCCUCUUCAAAUCCUCUGCAAACCCUCCAAGGGACCUUCAUCCCACCACUGGAACAUGGAAGUCUGAGAAUAAUUACAUCUGCCUCAUUGUCUAUUCCUGCGAUGGAGGCCACUUCUGCCGGUGUUCUUGAGGGAGGAUGA